GGACUUUUUUGACGCUCGCGAUGUAGCUUGUUCCAUUGAUUGACAGACUCGUAACAGCGAGGAUGGAGGGUGAAUUAAGAAUUGUAGUGAAAUGGAGCGGAAAGGAAUACGAUAUCCUCGAUAUUCAGGAGGAGGACACUGUUCUCGCCCUAAAGGAGCGCAUACACAGGGAAACGGGCGUGCGCCCGGAACGUCAAAAACUGCUAAAUCUCAAAUUUAAAGGUAAGGCAGCGCAAGAUGACGAUAUAAUCGGCAAGUUAAACUUGAAGCCUGGCUUCAAGUUGAUGUUGAUGGGCUCGCGUGAGGAGGACAUCGCGGAGGCCAGUCAAGCGCCGGAGAAUGUACCUGAUGUAAUUAACGACCUGGAUAUAGAAGAGGAGGAGGUAGAGAUCGAAAAGGCUGAGAUCAAUCUGCGCAAGAUCCAGAUACGUAUCGAUCGUUACGUAAUCACCGAACUGAAUCCCUUGAGAGACGGUAAGAAACUCCUCGUGCUGGACAUAGACUAUACUCUGUUCGAUCAUCGAUCAGUGGCGGAGAGUGGAGCGCAGCUGAUGCGUCCGUACCUCCAUGAAUUUCUGACGCGCGCUUAUAAGAAUUACGACAUAGUCAUCUGGUCGGCGACCAGUAUGAGAUGGAUCAAUGAAAAGAUGAAGCUGCUGGGGGUCUCGAAUCAUCCAAACUACAAGAUAGCCUUUCACUUGGACGUCCUCGCCAUGAUCACCGUUCACACGCCCAAGUACGGUGUGGUCGGUGUGAAGCCGCUGGGCAUUAUCUGGGGGAAGUACAAGCAGUUCUCCGCGAAGAACACGAUAAUGUUCGAUGACAUUAGGAGGAACUUCAUAAUGAAUCCGCAAUCGGGAUUGAGGAUAAAGCCUUUCAAGCACGCUCACACCAGCAGAGUGAAGGACUUCGAACUGCUGAAGUUAGCCAAGUACUUGGAAUUUAUAGCCGAGGUCGAUGACUUUCAAACGCUCAACCACAGGAAGUGGGAGGAGUACAAGCCCAAGAAGAGCGACAUCAGUGGCGACGAGUAGGGUCGAUAUCGCGGUAUCGCGAGAUGUUGCAAUUUUUCUUCCUGACCACUUUGGCGAAUCCAACACAAACGGGAACAUCGCUCGUCAAAGGGCAUGCGAAGUGAUUUGAAGACUGCGAACAACGCGACGAACGUGCGAGAGGAAAAAAAUGCGUUCACGCGGCUGUUUGAAAAUCGCGCGAUCGCAAAAUGAUCAACAAAAUUAGAAGACUGUCCUGCACUUUCGAGACGAGAACAACAUGGGAUUAACUUACUCGCUGCGUCCCUAGUUAUUGCAAGAUUUCCACUUACGAUGGGUGAUACUAAACUCUCUCUCUCUCUGAAUGCUCCAAGAAUACACGCGUAUUUUUCACAUGUCUCUUUGUAUUCGUAAUGUAUUUAUCGGUUGUGUUGUACUAUAGAAUUAUGCGUUAUCAUAUAACUCAGACAUACAAGAUACACGCAUUGCAUUUAUGUACUCGAGUACGCGAGUACACAAACGCAAUAUUACGAUGUGUUCAAGUAAGUUCCCACGCGCGUGGAAGGCAUAUAUAAAUAUAUAUAUAUUCUGUACAUGUUUUGCAAGUGCAGAUAUAUCGUCAAGCUCGAAUUGUCACGCGACAGCGCGUAGAACAGUUCAAUUUUUUAUAUCUAUGAUCGCGCUAUGCGGCGAUUUCCAUGCGGCAACUAUUAUUAAGACGUAAUUUCCAGCCAAUAGUUAACGCCCUGCACCAAUUAUGCAAAUCGCAAUGUCUAAGUAUCCUAAAUAAAUCACACGGCAGUAUUUACUGUGAAAAAGAAUUUAGACCUUUUUAAACUUUUUAAACGAGAUACUGUCUCCAUUUUUCAUAAAAAUUUGCAGUAUUAUGAAAGGAUGUAAAAUAUGAGAACAUGUACAUGGUGAUUGGUAAUAAAGCUUAUUUACCCGGAAA